AUGGUUUUAAAUGUUGAUGAUGAAUUGAUGCGUCCGGUGCCUUCUUCGCCGGAGCAGACUGGUUCUGGUUCUGCGGCGGCGGUGGUGGUGGUUGAUGACAAGGCAAUUGAUAUAUCCGAUGAAGAAGAUGAGAACCAACCGCUAAUUGGUGGUUCUGCGGAAUGUCGUAUUUGUCAGGACGAGUGUCCGAUUGAGAAUCUUGAGAGCCCUUGUGCUUGCAGUGGCAGCUUAAAGUAUGCGCAUAGAAAAUGUGUUCAGCGUUGGUGCAAUGAAAAGGGGAACAUUAUAUGUGAGAUUUGUCAUCAGCCUUACCAACCCGGGUAUACUGCUCCACCACCUCCGCUUCAGCCUCAAGAAACCACUAUUGACAUUGGUGGAGGAUGGACAAUCUCAGGUCUAGACCUGCACGAUCCUCGCCUCCUUGCGAUUGCAGAAGCUGAGCGUCGGUAUCUAGAAUCUGAAUAUGUGGAAUAUACAGCUUCAAAUGCCAGCGGAGCUGCAUUUUGUCGCUCAGCUGCUCUAAUACUAAUGGCCCUUCUUCUCUUACGACAUGCACUGACCAUAACAAGCGAUGCUGAUGGAGAAGAAGACGAUCCAUCUUCGAUACUAUCUCUUGUCUUGCUCCGAGCUGCUGGAUUUCUUCUUCCUUGCUAUAUCAUGGCUUGGGCUAUUAGUAUUCUACAGCGCCGAAGACAACGACAGGAAGCUGCGGCUUUGGCUACACAGUUUGCAUUGGUGCUUCAGUCAGGUCAACCUAGAACAGUUCACUUCACGGUAGCACCGGGACCACCAUCACCCUCCAUGGCUACUGCAACUACAUCUACACAACAACAACAUGAAGAGCCGGUCUGA